AAUCCUUAGACCAAAAAAUCUCUGAUGUCGAAGGUAAGUUCCUCAAAUUUAGUCCACGAUCCGCCACCGCAACAUCAAGUGUUCAUAAAUUUUCGGGGAACGGAGCUCCGAAACAACUUCAUAAGUCAUCUAGAGAAGGCCUUGUUAAAUAAAAAAGUCAACGUGUUCAUAGACAUUCGCGAGAGGAUGGGAAAGGAUAAGGAGAACUUAUUCCAGAGGAUAAGGGAGUCGAGGAUCACGAUUGCGGUCAUUUCAAGCAAAUACACGGAGUCAAAAUGGUGCUUGAACGAGCUUGCAGAGGUCCAGAAGUGUGUGAAGGCGGAGACCAUGGAAGUGUUUCCAGUGUUCUACAAGGUAGAUGUUGGGACGGUAGAGGAACUGAAAGGAGAGUUUGGUGAAAAUUUCAAGAAAUUAGUAGAACAACAUCAUAGCGAAAGGGAAAAAUGGGAAAGAGCACUUAAGUUUGUGACCACUAAGCUAGGCCUGAGAGUGGAUGAAAAGAGUUUUGAGUGCGAUAUCAUCGAUCAUGUCGUGGAAGACGUAAUGAAAGCAAUAAACGAAAUACCGACGGAUCAAGGAACAAAGAGUCCAAGAGGAAAUAUUAUUGUAUUGCCCGAGGGAAAUAUACGAGGAGAGUCUGAGAGUUCUUCUUCUUGGUCUUCAAAAGCGUCUCCUUUCUUUGGGAUCGAAACACGCCUAGAGCAAUUGAAAGAGAAGUUAGAUUUUGAAUCAAAUGAGGUCACUCGUGUUGUCGGAGUUGUUGGGAUGCCUGGUAUAGGUAAAACCACUCUUGCCAAGAAAGUUUUGGAGGAUUGGGGGUAUGAGUUCUCGCAUACAAUGUUUCUAGAUGAUGUUCGUGAGAAGUCAAAGUAUCCUGAGAUCCAUAACUUGCAGAUGGAGCUCCUGUGUGGUUUAACGAAUAUAAAAUACGAAAGAAAGGAACAAACAGAAACUGACCUCCUACUUAAAUUUUUGAAAGUUGAGGUAAGCAAAAACAAAGUGUUGUUUGUUCUUGACGAUGUGAGUGAGAAGAGUCAGAUAGAAAAUAUUCUUGGCGAACGCGAAUGGUUAAAAGAAGGAAGCAAAGUUCUCAUCACCACAAACAGCAAGUCCGUGGUCAAGGGAAUGGUAAACGAGACUUAUCUAGUCCCAGGCCUCAGCGACAAUGAUGCCCUAAACUAUUUUGAAAGACAUGCAUUCUCUGUUUCUUGCGAGCCAAGUUUCAUGCAGCUGGCAAGAGAGUUUGUGGAGUAUUCUAGGGGUAAUCCAUUAGCCCUCAAAGUACUUGGCAGUGAGCUUCUUGGGAAGCAAAAGUCGUACUGGGAAUCAAAGCUUGGGACGCUUGCAAAAAGCCCGAUCAGCAACACGAUUCAAAAUGUCUUGAGAAUUCCGUACGAUGAUCUUAGCCUCCACCACAAGAAUUUGUUCCUCGAUGUGGCAUGUUUCUUCAGGUUUGAAGACGAGUAUCACGUGAGGAGUUUUCUGGAUUCUUCGGUUCAUGAGAAUGUGAGCGAAAUAAAAGAUCUCGCAGAUAAGUUCUUGAUUAACAUUUGUGGUGGUCGACUUGAGAUAAAUGACUUGAUGUACACAUUCGCAAUGGGGCUAGAAUCACAAUCAUCCUCUAAAGAUUCUACAAGUGGGCGUAGGCUGUCCAACCAUGGGGAGAUCAUCACUGUUCUCCGAAACAAAGUGGAAGCGACCAAGGUUAGAGGAAUUUUCCUUGACAUGUCUGAAGUACCUAAGGAAAUGAAAUUAGGCAGUGACACAUUCAAAGAAAUGAAUGAUCUCAGAUACUUGAAAUUCUUCGACUCAAGUUGUCCUAAAGAAUGUGAAGCUGACUGCAACCUGAACUUCCCCAAUGGACUUAGACCUCAAGCUGCCUUACAGCCAGCUAGAGCAAGUUUGGAAGGGAGAGAAGGACACGUCGAAACUAAAGUGGCUGGACUUGAAUCAUUCAACCUUGUGAGUUUUCCAGAAGUUAAGCAGAACUUGAAGCAUUUGAAGACUUUACUACUUGACGGGACCGCAAUAAAAGAUGUGCAUGAUGUUGUGCAUCGCCUAAGUAUUAAUGAAGGCCAAAUUUCUUCCUUUUCACACUACGAUUUGUGUGAAUGGCGGCAUGGUAUCAACGGAUUAUCAUCAGUGCAACGUUUAUGUCUGAGCAGAAACGAUUUCACAAGCUUGCCAGAAAGCAUCAUUUAUCUCUACAAUCUCAAAUGGCUUGACUUGAAGUAUUGCAAGCAGCUCACAUCUCUUCCAAUGCUUCCACCAAAUCUUCAUUGGUUAGACGCAGACGGCUGCAUUUCACUUAAAAAUAUCGAGAAAUCAUUGUCUCUACUAUUGGCGGCAACAGAGCAGUUACACUCCACAUUUAUAUUCAGUAACUGUACCAAACUUGAUCAAGUUGCGAAGAAUGGUAUCGUGUCUUAUGUUCGGAGGAAGAUUCAGUUAAUGUCAGAUGCACUAGUCCACAAAAAUAAGGGUUCAAUACUCGAUGUGUUGAUUAAAAUCUGUUAUCCUGGUUGGCAAUUACCUGUAUGGUUCGAUCACCGGUCGGUUGGGUCAGAGUUGAAGCAAAAUCUCCCUCGACAUUGGAAUGAAGAUGGGCUUACCGGUAUAGCUCUCUGCGUUGUUGUCUCAUUUAAGGACUACAAAGAUCAUAAUACCCGCCUCUUAGUUAGAUGCACCAGUGAGUUCAAAGAAGAAAACGCGCCUUUGAUUCAGUUUAGUUGCAUUCUUGGCGGCUGGACAAAACGAAUUAGCGAUAACCCCGGAGACAUCGUGGAGCCUUCUGGUCACGUCUUUAUCGGUUACACCAAUUUGUUACACGUCAUGAAACGGGACAGAGGAGCGAAAUGUGUUGGUACAGAGGUUUCCUUUAAAUUCGAAGUGACCGAUGGGGCAAAACAGGUUAGAAAUUGUGAGGUUCUCAAGUGUGGCUUUACUCUUAUCUACGCACCCACUACUAAACAUGUUCAUAGCUUGUGUACCCAAGUAUACUCUGAUCAUGGCGAGAAAAUGUCUGGUUCAACGACCGCUAUUGUUGAAGAAAGAUAUAACCAGCACGAAACUGGAGCAACCUCUGUUUCAUUGGUGGCUCCAACGAUGGCGAGCGAGAUCACAAAGGAAGUACAGCAUUACGAAGCUAAAAGUAACGUAGAAGACAUCCAGAAUGAAGCUCCAUCAAGAAACAACGUUGAUGCUAAUACAGAGAGUAGUGAUCACAAUACUAAUGGUGGAUCCAUGUCACCAGGGAGCUCUGGAGAAGGAGAAGUUUUUAAUAAUGAAUCUCCAAAGAAAGAGGAGACCAAUGCAACAAGUUCAGCAUUACCUUUAGAAGAUAAUACUAAUGAAAAUGGCACAAACAACUUAUGUGAGAGGUUGGAGAAACCUAUACGGCUUAUUUGUCUUGUGAUCUCCAUUUAUCUUGGUGCUGCUUUUGUGCUGAGAAAGGAUAACAAAAGGAGAUCAAAUCAAUAAAAUAUGUCUGAUUCCAAUGGUAUUCACCGGAGUUGUUUCCCGAUCAUUUUCUGAUCAAUGAGAGUUUCAAUCGCUUGGUUUUAAAGUAGAACUAGUUUACAUUUGUCCCGAGCGGAAUGGUCACCAAG